AUGGACUCAGGUUGUUUUCAGACCGCAAUGGCUAUGGGCUUGACGUCGAAAAAAUCAUCUUCUAGAAAUGUCGCCGUGGAACGCAAGAAUCUCAUCACCGUUUGCAGAUUUUCGGUAAAGACUCUUCUAGAAAAGUACACUGCAGAGCCCAUCGAUGACUCAUCAGAGGAGUUUAUCAACUUCGCAGCAAUUUUGGAACACAUCCUUAGUCAUCGCUUCAAAGGUACCGCCCCAGGCCCAGGUGGUUGGUUCAGCUCAGAUGGGCAGAGAAGUUUCUGGGAUUAUAUCAGACUGGCUUGCAGUAAAGUCCACAACAACUGCAUCAGCAGCAUUGAGAACAUUGAAAACAUCAGCACCUCACGUGCCAAGGGUCGAGCAUGGAUUCGGAUGGCUCUGAUGGAGAAGCGUCUGUCUGAAUAUGUGGCGACAGCCUUGAGGGACACACGGACUACAAGGAGGUUCUAUGACGAUGGUGCUAUCAUGCUUGGGGAAGAGGCUACAGUUCUGACUGGGAUGUUGAUUGGACUCAGUGCCAUUGAUUUCAGUUUCUGUUUGAAAGGUGAGGUCUUGGAUGGCAAGAUACCUGCAGUGAUUGACUACACUCCUUACCUGAAGUUCACCCAAAGCUAUGACUACCUUAGCGACGAAGAGGACCGGCGCAGCGUGGACAGCAGUGCGAGUGAAGACAGUGUCUCUGAACAUCCGUACAUUCCCCUGGUGACCGACGAGGAGAGCUGGAGUAACAGGUGUCGCAAGAUGGAGCAGAGGUUCAAAAUCGUCAAUGCACAGAAGGGGUACUUGGAGGAGCUGGUGCGUCUUCGUGAGUCCCAGCUGAAGAACCUGGAGACUGAAAACAGGAGACUGAGUGCCAGACUGGAGGAUGUACAACUCCAAAGUCAACAGGAAAAGAAAGAGCUGGAAGCUAUUAUACUGGAGCUACAGGCACAGCUCUCAGCCCUUAUUCCCUGCGAGUCUUCCCAUUUGACCAAGGACCUGUCAAUCCCACUGGUUAACCAAUGGCCUUCCAUACAGUCUGUCAGUGAUCAACGGGAUGUCAAGUUGUUCCGCAGAAGAAGUUUCCACAGUUUGGAACAGUUCUCUGCUGAGGUCAGUUUGAACUCCGAUUCCCAGAAGACAGAUGAAAAGCAGAAUGGAGAUGCUGACUGGUGUACUACAGGCAAAGACAACACUCCCUCUAUGCUUGGUCUGUGUGGCUCUCUGGCCUCUUUGCCCAGCUGUAAGUCUCUGGCCAGCCUGAAGUCCAGCGAGUGUUUGGUCAACAUCAGUAAAGAACCCAGCCCUGCCCUCUCCCCCAGCUAG